UGUGUUUUAUUCUGUUUUCUUAAUAUCGUUCGAUCAGCUGAUCAGUCAUGGAGGCUUCUGCCUUGAACCUGGCACACGCACGUCAAAGGAGGGCUGAUGCAUAUCUAAGGGAAGGACGUUUUGAGGAAGCAGCAGAGUGUCACGAAGCUGUUGCUAAUCUUCUAACAAAGGCGUUUAUAAAACUGCAAUCCAACCUUAAUAAAUCUGAAGCUUCAAGUGUAAAUAGUUCAAGUUAUAAACCUUCCUCCGGAUCUAUGCAUACAGCUAUAACUUUGGAAUCUCUUGCACUUCAACGAGAUUAUCACAAAAGACAAGCAGCUAUUGUUAGGAUGAAGCAUGUACAAUACGAAGAAUAUAAGAUUGAUUUAGAAAUUCUAAAAAGAAGUUCUAAACAAAUAUCUAAACAAAACGAAAGAGGAAAUUCCGCAGAAUCUACGUCGGAUAAAAAUGAUACUUCAUUGCGUCAAGCUAUAUUUAAAACUAUCCAAGAACAGGAUAGUCUGAUAAGCUUAAUUUUAGUACCAGACUCAGAAAGUAGUAAUUCGUCGAAAUACCCUAAAGAUACAACCACGGUAAUAGAAGAAUUAAAAACUGUUAAUUCUCAUUUACGUAGCCUCGUUGAAAGCUUGUUAACUCAACUAGAAAUUAAAGAAAAAGAAGUAACAGAAUUAAAAGAACGUUUACGCACUGUAUCUGUAAGUUCUAAUGAUGAAACCAGACCAGAAGAAACACACUCACUAAAUCUACCACCCCUGCCACCAUUAACGCCGCUUGAAAUGCCACUGUUUGAUUUUACAGCAUCUUAACUAAUUUUUUACCUUAAAUAUUAACUGCUCUCUCUCUCUU